AUGUCGCUACUCUUGUUGAAAUAUGUCAAGAUCAGCGAGUGGUCCAAAUUGACUUACGUGCAAUGGUUGGUCCUGGCAAUAUACACUGGUGCAUUCAUCUUCAAUCUCAGCGCCGCUGUGUUGCAGUUUGGCGUGGACCUCAGUUCUACGUAUGGAUCUUGUGAGGUGGCGACUUUGAUAUGUCUUGCGCUCUAUGUUUCAACCAAGCUCGUGAGUCUCAUAUCAAUUCUGCUACCAUCGCUACUUCUGUCCUCACAAACCAAAACAGCUAGUCUGGUUAUUUAUGGUAGAGAAAGCCGUAAGUUCCCCGAGUAA